GGAAGAUCAGAUCGCAGGUUCUUCCCUUUGUCCCCCUUUUUCAAAAAAGCAAGCCCAGCAGGAUGCACCAGAGGCCCAAGACUGUGCUGAAGGGGUCAAACCUGGCGAAAUUCAGGUAGAUCACUGCGUGGGGACGCAUGUGCCUUGUGGAGCACGCCAUUGCCAUUUUUCAGGACGCUUGAGUGCAAGCACGGCGCCUCAUGUCCCUUCGGUCGGGGCUGUGUGUUCUCGGUAGGCGACGAGUGGUGAGGGAGGGGAGACGCACAAUGGUUGUUGAGCUGGGCAGUGAGGGUCGGAUCUGACCCCUCGUCUGUGUAUGGUGUGUGUUGUCUGUCUGUCGGGUGCAGCACAACCAUGAGGAGGGGUUAGACGUGCGCAGACGACCAUACAGGACGAAUGUGGACGAGACGCCCAUCAGGCUCGAGUAUGGCCCUGAGCGCUGUGCCUACAUCGAUGACCCCGAAAGGUGCCCUCGGGGGCCUCACUGCCCAUUCGCACACUCCGUUGGUACGUGAAGUGCACAACACCUCAGAACAGCAGAGGCAGCCACGAGCCAUCGAUGCACCGCAUAUAUAUGUUUGUACUCAUGAUGUGUCAGAGGAGCUACGUUUCCACCCGCUGACGUACAAGACCAUCGUCUGCGAGGCUUAUCAGGCGGGCGCCUGCCGGGACCCAUACUGCCCCGAGUGAGCGAGUCACCCUAGACAAAACACCCACUGUGUCCUCAAAUAUGCAACACCUUCCUUGUUGUCUCUACCUAAUCUCAUUGCUGCAGCAUCCACAACCCGAGUGAGCGUCGCCAUGUCGCGGUGGGGCGUGAGUACCUGAUGCCGUCCCGCCGCGUCACGCUCAACCAGCCCCCCGCACCAGCCGUCGUAGUCCAGCAGAACCCUCUGCUGACCGGUCGCCGCGUGGCCCUCAACCAACCCGCACCCAUGCCCGCGGUCAUGCAUCCCAGCGACGACCAGCAGCAGGAGCCACAGGAGCAGCCCGAGCAGCAGGGCCAUCAGGAGGAAGACCAACAGGAGCUGCCCGAGGGCCAGAUGCGCGGCGAGGACAAGCGCCAGCAGACCCACGACCAGACAGAGCAGGAGCAGAGCAUGGUCAGGGGGAGACCGAAGAGGACGAGGAGGGCGACAAGGAAGAGGAGGAUAUCGCUGAAGUCCACUCGCCGAAUCCGUUCAACGAGCUCCUCGCCAGGACCUUGCUCGCUCUGGGACGCAUGCUCACACGUGCUGGGAUGGGCGCCUCGGGGGGCAAGUGAGUGAACCCCGACCACAGACAGACAGACAGACAGACAGACAGGAGAGAGAGGGAGGGAGGGAGGGAGGGCAGCAACGGGGGGCGACCAGAUGCAUGUUUCUGUGGGGGGUUGUGCGACUCUUGUGUGAGUGUGGCGUGUGGGUUGGGUUGGGUUGGGGUAUGCCGACUGAGGGAUGGUCGUGGCUACUUUCUUUCUUUUCGUGUGCACGUGUGCAACCUAGUCAAUGGUUUUUCCAUUCAUGCACUUCGUCUGCACACUUUUGCAUGUGUGUGUGUGCGUGUGUACGUAUAAGUUCCAUCCAGAUCGUCUGCUCGCCUAAAGCCAACAAGGGAGGCGACCAAGUGUCUGUCCGGUGACUCCGGUGCGUACCAAGUGCACAUGGGGUACAAAGAACGUUGGGUUGACUUUUGCUUUCCCGUUCGCAUUUCGAGGAGGCCUUUUUUUGAGGCUUUUCCAUGAUGGUCAUGAGUUGUCGUAAUCAGCUGGACGUGCGCCGAGGAGAUGUCUCGUACUCGCUGCCUCGCUGCCUGCCAUUUCUUCCUUCCUACGUAUCGGGGCGUUUUGUCCAGUGGGUACUCUGGCUGCUCGUCUCGUUGCCGCGUGCGUGACGCUUGAGGGACUACUGCAUCCAGUGUUGCUACCCGUGUAUGUGCGUGGUGUGUGCAUGGGUCGGGUUCUUGUCCUGUGAGCCCCGUGCAAACGCGUCGAGACGGCGACACACACAGUCAGUGCUGUUUCAAAGGAUGGUGCCCGCACUCGGACUGGGCGGGAGUGGGCCGCUGGAUG